AUGCAGAUUGUGAGGAUUCAAACGAAUAUUCGGAGUGCAGACAUUCCAGAAAAGCUAGAGCAAGACGUGAGUUAUGGUUUAUCAAUUGCAAUGGAUAUGCCAUCUGACAAAUUCGUGGUUAUUGUGGAGCCAGCUGUCAGAAUACGGGUAGGAUUCGAGAAUAAGGAGGUUGCGGUGGCAGUUGUUAAUUUUCAAACCACUAGACCUUCAUCGCGAACUGAAAACGAUGUAUACGCCAAAAAGCUGACAUCAAUUCUGUCCGAUCAACUGAAACUAGACUCCACCCGGAUAUUCAUAUCAUUUGAUUUCAAAGAUGCAAAAAGUUUUGCGGUACAAGGAAAGACUAUUGCUUCGCUGUAUGAAUAA